ACCAUUGUUGCCGAUAUUACCGAUGUGUGGAUUGACCCUCCCACCCCUAGUGAGGAGUAGUGGUAGUGGAGCCCAGCGGCACCACACUCUGCAUAUUUCCCGUCAGCCUCUCAGCAGACAGCCGAGCAGAGGCGAGGCAAAGGCGGAGGAGAAGACCGAGGCGAGGGAUGGCAGAGAACAAUUCCGAAGGCAGCGGCUCCGUUCACCGCCGGUGCUUGACCCACUCUCCGGUGGACAGAAACGUCCCCUCCGGCGAUGGCUCGUCGAAGUGGAUUCGGCUUAACGUCGGAGGGACUUAUUUCUUAACAACCAGACAGACAUUGUGUCGCGAUCCCAAAUCGUUUCUUUACAGGCUGAGCCAAGCGGACCCGGAGCUAGAUUCCGACAAGGAUGAAACAGGUGCCUAUCUCAUCGACAGAGACCCUACUUAUUUUGGGUCGGUGCUCAACUACUUGAGGCAUGGCAAACUGGUGCUCAACAGGGACCUAGCAGAGGAAGGUGUACUCGAAGAAGCAGAGUUUUAUAACAUCACAUCCUUAAUAAAGCUUAUCAAGGACAAGAUCAGGGACAGAGACUGCAAGACGUCGCAGGUGCCCGUGAAGCACGUGUACAGAGUGCUGCAGUGCCAAGAAGAGGAGCUGACACAGAUGGUGUCAACCAUGUCGGACGGCUGGAAGUUUGAACAGCUUGUCAGUAUAGGUUACGGGCGGGCCCACCAGUCAGAAUUUCUGCUCAUUGUGUCAAGGGAGGUGAAGGGAGAGGCGCCAGCUUUGCCAAACAACAGCAGAGAGCUGGUCAGCAUUGGCUCCUCCUACAACUACGGCAACGAAGACCAAGCUGAGUUCCUGUGUGUUGUCUCUAAGGAGCUGCACAAUCAAUCCUACGGGACAAACAGUGAACCCAGUGAGAAGGCAAAGAUACUUCAGGAAAGAGGUUCCCGAAUGUGAAGAGGACUGAGUAUUAUGAGCUCCAGGUUUUAUGAUGCAAACAUAUCAUCCUUGUGGAAGACCUAUUUGGCACAAAGGAGAUUCAAGUGUGGGAGUUGUGCAUUUAUUUGGUGUUCUCCCUCCAUUUUUUUUUUAUUCCUUGGUGUAAAUACAACUGCUUACUGACAAUUUGUGCCUGUACAUUUUGAACUGGAACUUUUGAACUUGAGGCAGUUUUGUUUUUAUUAUUUUAAAUUGCUAAUUGAAAAAACAUGGCCAUCAUCAAAAUGGCCAGCGAUUCUCUCAGGGUCAUCUGUGGAGUUAAUUAGAUCCUUCAACUUGCUCUGGCAAGGGAUCUGUACGGUCAAAAGUAUCACCUUCAAAAAAAUAGUUUGGAGUUGGCAAGAAGGGAAUUGUGUUUAUUUAAAACCCACCCAAGAUGUUUCACAGAGUUUGUGUUAAUGGUACUACUUAGUUAUUCUGUAGCGCCAUGCAUUGUCUUCCAACAAGGCAACGUUUCGCCUUCACAGAUGCGUGUGGUCAUCACUGCACUGUGGAACGUUUAUAAGGAUAUUUCAACCUUUCCUUUGCAAAAAGUAAUAUUUCCGCAAAUCUCAUUUGGAGACCUCAUGUUUUACUUCUCUAUAUAAGGUAUUUUUCUUUUACAGUCGUUUUUUUAAGGAACAACCCUGAAGCCGUUCUUUUGCCGACUGACAUACUUUUAUGUUUUGUUUAUUUGAGGAAGCAUCUCAUUUGAUAUCAGUUUUGUGGCUGAGAGUGUUUUUGGCCUAGGAUUGUGGACUGGAACUGUUUAGGCGACAGUGAACAAAUCUUUGUUCAUAUCCAGAGAAUUUUAGUUUUCGGUGUAAAAUAAUCAAAAACCAUUAUGGAUAUUUAACUCCUUUUAAAAUGAAUGCACGUUUUGUACACUGUAUAGAAAAAAACACAACUUCAAAUGGAGGUUGUUUAUACUGGAUCUAAAAAAAAAUUGAAUCUUGACAAUAUUAGCCUGUUUUGCAUAGUUUGUACAGGAUUUAAGAGAUUUCUGAGUGAGAUUGAACAAGUUGUCUUUUCACUGAGAACAUGCCUGGACAUGUUUUUAUUAACAAUAACAAAGCGAUACUCUGCUUUGAAGGUGACUGUUACAUUAUCAACUUAUACUUUUUCCCCUCCUCCAUCUCUUCUUCUAAACAUCUUGAAUUGUGUAGUGAAUACGCAGCAUUACAAGCACUACAGUGGGAACACGACACCGUGCACGUGGCGAACAGCCUGUAAUGUUACUGUAAAUACUGCAAAACACUUUUUUUUUAAGACCUAGCAGUUUUUUUUUCAGGAUUGAUGUGCAGUUUUAAUAGGUUUUAUUCACCAUGUAAUCAUUUAGUGUUGCCUUUCCCCCUUCCCUAAUGACCAAAAUCCAAUGUCUUACGUGUAGUGCACGCAUUGAUAUUUAGUGUCAGGGAAGAGUAAACUUUGUACAUAUACUAACACUCUUAAGACUUCCAUUUAUUCACACACAGUUUUAUAUUGUUGAAUGUUUAAGUAUGGAUGCAUGUUUUUUUUUUUUAUAUAGAUACACCUUUUUUCCCCUCACACAAGGGCUUUUUAAGUAAAAAAAGAAAAAAAAGAAAAAGAUUAUCAAAAAUGUUCAAUCAGUGCAAGUGCUAGGCCGUGUUUACAUUUGCUAUAGUAUUCUGAAGCCUUCCAAUUAUGUACUGUGUUGCACUCCCUCAUGCAUGUAAACAAUGUGUGACUGCACCUAUGGCAACGAGCACUCCACAUGAACUGAUGACACAGAUGCGCUGUCUGAUGAUACCACACUCCAUCCAUCCACUUAAUAAGCGUUGCAGACAAUCUUGAUUUCUACCUUCUGAUGGCAGAGAUGCUCACAUUCAACAUGAAACCUAACGCUGUGGCUCCUUUUUUUUUUUUUUUUUUUUUGCUAUGAGAUUGAAGCAUGUCGCCUGUUUUGAUUUGAUUGGUCCAGUAACCUCAGUGGAGAUGUUUAUAAAGCCUCAAGAUGGUUCUUACAACCUUUCACUAUCAGGUCAUGUGGUGAGCUAUUUGGCAUGCAUAAUACUUAUUUUGUGUGAUGGAACAUUUUACCAGAUCUGUAGCCUACUACUUUUAAGUGCCCGGUCUGUGUUGCAUUCAAGUCAUAUUAAGCCACAUUACCAUGAUGAUGCAUGAGGCAAGAUGAUCACAUUUGUCUUUGGAAAGGAUGGUUUGUCUUCUCCCCCUCUCAACUUAACAGUUACAUGAGUGAAUAUUGUUUUCAUAUCACAACAUACAUCACUACUAUACGAUCUUAUGCAAUGUGUAUAAAUUAUGACUGGUUAAGAGGAUACAUCAUUGUGAUCUUGCGCAAGGUAAACCCAAUAAAAAUGUUGUCAUUCA